GGGGGGGGGGGAGCUGCCGCCAGGGUGAGGCCUAGGCGCGGACACCAGCCUGCGGUCACCAUGGCGACGGCGCACCCGCGGCUGCCGGCCCGGCGACUGUGGAGAUAAUGAUGGCGGAUCCGAGACAGUCCGGCCCGGAGCUCGAGCGGUUCCUGCGGGAGGUCGAUGCGAUCACCGAUCUGGUAGAAGGAAUUAGGUCUGAUGACCCUGCAAUACGAGACGAGGCUUUUCAGAAAGCAGAUGAGAAGUUGCUGAAAUGUUCUGAAGAAUCUGAGACAGUAGAAGGAUGCAAAGUAAAGGUGAAUCGGACAUUGAUUAACAAGAACCCUUCCUCUCGUGCUCCACCACAGCAUGCUAAUCUUCAAGGAGAAUAUGAAAUGCCGGGGAACAGGGAAAUGUGCCAAGAUAAUUUCUUAUCAAUUCUUGAGAAAGACGCAGAGGAGAGAGGAAAAAGAAGACAAGAAAGUCGAAAGCUAGCCACUGCAUUAAAAGAGAAGGGAAAUGCUGCAUUUCAGAAAGAGGACUACGCUACUGCUGUACAGUACUAUACCAAAGGCCUGGAAAAACUUAGAGACUUUCAAGCCCUGUACACCAAUAGAGCACAGGCUUAUAAUAAACUGGGAAAAUAUGAAGAAGCAAUCACUGAUUGCGAAUGGGCCUUAAAGUGCGAUGAGAAUUGCGUUAAGGCCUAUGUCCAUAUGGGAAAAGCCAACCUAGGUUUAAAGAAAUAUGAGGAGGCUCGACAGUGUUAUCAGAAGAUAAUCACAAUUGAUCCAAGUCGGGAGAUGCUAGUGAGAGAAUAUAUAAAUUUACUGGAACUAGCCCAAAAAAAGGAAGAACAAGAGAAAAAGGUCAUGGAAGAAUUUGAACGAGGGAAUGUGAAUACUACAACUGCUCAUGAAGUGCUCAAGAAGUUAUCCAGUCCUAAUAAGAUUCCAUUCUUCUAUCUUGGUGGUGUGAGGUUUCUGACUGAACUGAUGAAAGAGAGUACUGAACAGACAUUAUUCAGAACUAAUGGUGGAUUCAGUGUUGUCAAUGACAAUGAGAUUAUAAGAAGGAGUCUUGCGAGUUCAGAGAAGGAAUCAUGUGAGGUGGAACUUUGUGCUUCUGUCCUUGCCCUGUGGAAGGCUGUCUGUCAUGAAAAUGAGGAAAACCAGCGAAUACUUAUCACAUCCUCUGAUACAAAUGAACUAUUACUGAAUCUGUUGUGCUGCAAGGAAAGUGAGAUACAUAACGAGUGCCUGGCUCUACUGUCCUUGUUCCUAUUGACUGAAUAUGGCAGAGGUCUCCUGCUAUGCAAUCUCAAUUUAACAAGAUUGAUGAAGAUCCUGAUAGGAUUUGUCAAUUACUCUGAUGAAACCAGUGGCAGCGCCAUGAAUAUCCUCACCAACUUAAUUUCAGAGCAAAAGUUUAGAAAACAUUGUCAGAAUGAUUUUGCAAUUCACGUAAUACCAUCAUUUGAAAUCCUCCUGAAAAACUUGAAAUUGGUGAAUAAACAGACCCUUCCACAAUGUAUUUCAAUCAUAGGGAACUUAGCAACUGACAAGACAACUUCAAGGCAAAUAGCAGGGCGAGAGGAAUUUUGGGAGUCAUGCCUAAUUUGCAUGGAUGACACUAUGAUACCAAGCACCAUGGCAGAGUUCAGAGAUGUCCUGUACACCCUUCUGGGCCUGAUGGUAAACCUAUCCAUAGAACAAUGCAGCAGCAUCCAGGUAAAAACUCCAGCUAUUACAGAAAGAUGCAUCUCUCUACUUGCCAGCACGGAUGGUGGGAUCCUAACAAGAACAGCGGGGCUUCUGAGUCAUGUGCUCCCGCAGUCUGAGGAAGCUGUGGAAAAGGCAGUAGAAGCCGGAACGGUGAAAACAAUGCUCAGAUUUAUAAAAGCAGAUGGGAAGACAACCACACGAUACGCAACAAAGACCUUGGCAAUCUGUAGCAGUGGAAGUGAAGAAGCUCGAGAGCAGAUUGUCAAAUGUGAUAAAAAGUUCAGUGUUCUCAGGAAGCUGCUGUCUUUAGAUGAUGAGCAAGUGGUGGGCAAUGCUGCUCUUUGCCUUUCACACUGUGUUGAGAUCCCAGGAGCUGCUGCAUCUCUGCUCAAAACUGACAUUGUCAGAAUGUUGUUGAAGCAUGCUGGUGGUGAUGCAAAGGAAAACUCUCUUCAACAGAAUGCAGCAAUUGCUCUGGGUAAACUCUGCUUGGCGGAACCCAGGCAUAAGACUGAACUUCGUGAACUCCAUGGAUUGGAAAUUCUGUCGUCCUGCAUGAAAUACAUCAAGUGAGAGUGUAAUGCAGCCUGGAGCAAGAGGUGCCAGACCCUAAAAUCUGGAACAAACAAAAGAACUCAGCAGGUCAAGCAGCAUCUGCGGAGACAAAGGGAUGGUCGACAUUUUGAGUCGAGACCCUGCAUCAGGAAUGAAGAGUGUAGAGAGGAGAUAACCAAUAAGUCGCCUGUCUCACUCCUUCCUCUCACUUCUACAUGCUCAAUAUCUUUCCUCUACACUCUUCUGUCUUCAUGCAGUGUCUCAAUCCAAAAGGUCAACCAUUCCCUGUAAUGCUACCAUCUGUGGCUCAGGGAUUAUACAGUCAACAGUAAUGCCUCGUGUGAAAUUAUCUAGAGACCGAUAGUUUUACAGAUGUUUACAUGUAAUUUUUUACAAUUUAAAAACAAUACGUCAAUGAAACAAAUUUAAAGAAGACGAAUAAGCUUUAUAAUCUUCCUUAUUUAUAAUAUGUUAUCAUCUCAUUUUAUUAUAUUCUGGCCUUGUCCUUCAUGCCCCUCUCUGUAGAAAUGAGUUUAAUUAUUCAUUGAAUUAUUUGUGCUGUUCCUUUCAAUUACCUUUCCUUGUAAUUUAAUUCCGCAAGUCUGGCUAAAUGCUUAAUGCUAUUUUACUAUAAAAGUUAAUCCCUUUAAAAGAAGAUUUACGGUUCCAUCAAAAAGAGAACGAUAAAAAGAUGAUGCAUUCAGAGUCAGCAUGGAUUUGCAACAGUGUUUGAUAAAAUAUGACCAAGUACUGAAGUGCAGAUUAGUACAAACUAACAUUAGGUGGUCUACCCCCAGGAUUAAUACAGGAUAUUUUAAUGUUAUAAAAUUACUGUAAGCUUCCAUCAGUCAUGUACCUCCGUUGAGAAAUGUAAUUUCUGCAGUUCUUUGUAUUUUCUAUUUGGAACAUUUUAGUAAACUUCAUAUUUUCGAUAUUAACUAUUAGUAUUUUUACAACCUGUUAAUGUUUAUUAUUUUAUGGUGGUUUCAUCUCAAUUCAACUCGAGACAAAGGACAUUCUCCAUUUAACUAGCUAACUCAAUAAAUAUUUUGGAACA